AAAUGGAUCAGACAUGUGGAGAUUUAAGACAAGAUGAGACCUGUCAAGAUGAUUUCCUGUGGUCCAAUGCAAUCGUUUGCUCAGUGCCUUAUUCGGAGAAAAAUAGUGACUGCUGAUAGUAUUCAAGAGACCAAUCUCCGUCGCUCUUUAUCGACCAUUGACCUCAUUGCUCUGGGCAUUGGAAGCAUGCUGGGUGCUGGUGCAUAUGUAUUGGCUGGAGAAGUUGCCAACAGACAAUCUGGGCCCAGCAUUGUAAUCUCUUUCCUAAUUGCUGCACUUGCAUCAGUGUUGGCAGGGCUAUGUUAUGCAGAGUUUGGUGCGAGGGUACCAAAGACUGGAUCGGCUUAUCUCUACAGCUAUGUUACCAUUGGAGAAUUUUUGGCUUUCAUUACUGGUUGGAAUUUAAUUCUCUCAUAUGUCAUUGGCACAUCUAGUGUGGCGAGAGCGUGGAGUGGUACUUUUGAUGAACUGUUAGGCAAAUACAUGGAAAACUUUCUCAGCAGCUACGUGAAAAUGGAUGUGCCAGGAUUGGCAAAAUAUCCAGAUUUCUUUGCAGUGUGUUUGAUAAUUUUAUUGGCAGGACUCCUCUUAUGUGGUGCAAAAGAAUCAACAACUGCAAAUAAAAUUUUUACAAUGAUUUAUGGGCUCAUGCUCAUGUUUGUUAUUAUAGGAGGUUGCAUUAAAGGAAACAUUUAUAACUGGAGCAUUACUACUGAGGUGCUGUUGAACAUCACCGCAGAAGCACGGAAUCUGACCUCCAUUGUAAACAUAACCAACGAUUAUGGAGUAGGAGGAUUUAUGCCUUAUGGAUUGAGUGGCACUUUGACUGGCGCUGCCACUUGUUUCUAUGCAUUUGUAGGGUUUGGCUGCAUAGCAAAUACAGGUGAAGAGGUGAACAAUCCUCAGAAGUCCAUCCCACUUGGGAUUAUAGCAUCUCUUCUCAUUUGCUUCUUAGCCUACUUUGGGGUUUCUGCUGCUCUUACACUUAUGAUGCCUUACUAUCUGCUUGAUAUGAAAAACCCAAUCCCUGGGGCCUUUGAGUAUGUGCAAUGGAGUGCUGCGAAAUACUAAGUGGCUGUGGGCUCUCUGUGUGCACUUUCAAUAAGCCUGCUGGGCCUGAUGUUCCCUUUACCCCGCAUCCUGUUUGCUAUGGCAAGGGAUGGUUUACUGUUUGAGUUUCUAGCAAAAUUGAGUAAGCACCAGACUCCAGUUAUUGCCACAACAAUUUCAGUGAGCAUUUCCGCUGUAAUGGCAUGCCUAUUUGAUCUGAAGACACUAGUUGACAUGAUGUCCAUAGGAAUGCUUCUGGCCUACACAUUGGUGGCAAUAUGUAUCAUUAUUUUGAGGCACCAACCAGAUUUUAGUAAUAAUGUUGACUUUGAAAUGAAUGAAGAGAAACAAUGUCAACACACUACUUCCCCAGAGGAAUCUUUCAACAUUAGCUCAUUGGUAAUUCCUCUUCAGUUCUCAUCACAGAAAUCGUCAAGUAUUGUUACACAUUGCGUGGGACUAACAGGUGCCCUGUCUACCAUUCCUGCCGAUAUUCAGUAUUUUGAUAAACAUUUACUUGAUGGUACAGUUGAAUGUAGACACCUGGAUUCGCCUCUCUGUUUGGACAGCAAUUGUCAUCUAAGAAUGGAAUUGAGCCCAGAUCUCUGGCACGACAAACCAGCAUGCUACCAGGUUUAUUUAGUUCGUUCAUGGGUCACUGAAAUGGAGCUUGAAGGACAGAGUAUUGGAGAAGGAGACAAAGAGUAG